AUGUAUAGGAGCUGUGCACCAGCAGCUCUUACGGCUUUGCUCCUGAAGCUAGAGUCUGUGUAUUUUGAACAGGAUGCGAUGUGGACUGCUCUUUAUGCUCAUUAUGUGGAGCGACAUCACGAGGCUGUGGCAGCUGGUUCCUUGUUGCAGAGCCACCAUGUGAAUGGGUGGCCCUUGGUCGAGGGAUUGCAACGGAUUCAUGCUUUGCGUGAACUGCAGCCGCAAACAAGGCACAGGACACCUUCGGUGACACCUUCGGUGGACUUGGUUCUGUGCUACUGCGGCAGGAACGAGCGCAUCGAGUGGCUUCGGGGAUUCCACCGAUUGCCGUGGCGAGAUGAGGAUAGAUCAGAAACCAUCCGGAACUCUGUGGCGCUCAGGAUCUAUCACAAAUGCGGACACAUCUUCCCGAACGAAGAGGAGGAGAAACAAAAAUUGAUCGCUGCCUGGUCGAGUUGGUUCCACACAGUCGAGGUCCGCUUCGUUGAUGAUGAGAUCAGAGCAGAUGAUUGCUCUGCUUACCUGGCAUACAUAGUGGACCGCUAUGACAACAUGCCCGAGUUUGCCGUGUUCCUCCAUGCGGAUGCGCCUGAGCAUAUUCCGACGGUGGACUUGCUGAUGGACACCGUCUUCGCUGCCGCAAGGGGCUACCUGCCAAGAGAAGCAGGCUUCAUCCAUUUGUCGCACAAUUAUGUUCGGCAUGACUGCCCAGGAAGCACCGAGCCCUGCAGAACGCCAGAUGCAUUUGAGGUUUCACAGCUUUGGAGGACUGUCUUUAGGUCAUCAAUUACUCCAGCAAUGUCUCAGGGUGAUCUGAAUGGCUACUGUUGCGUUCAGUUCUUGGUGCGCCGAGAGCGAGUGCAUUUGCGGAACAAAGAAUUCUACGCCCGUGCCUUGCGGUUCUUCGGCGAUACGCCAGCUUCUUACCACGCCCUUUUUCCAGUGGGCAAGGUGGUUUGGGAGCCUGAUACCCGGGGACGCACUCCAUGUCAACUCACCAUGUACUUUUGGCACGUCAUGUUUGGAGAAGAACUAUGGCUUCCGCGAAGACACAGGGACACACGAUUGCCCCUGUUCAUUCGCAUGCUAAACAUAGAGGCGGAGGCUGUGGUGGAGGCACAACGCGGUGAAGAUGGUCCUGCGGCAGCUGUGAUUCAGUUCACAGGCGAUGACACCGGGGCUGAUGAUACGUAUUACCGUCUUCAGAGUCUGUUUUCAGAAGCUGAUGCUUGA